GUCAAGCUUUGACAAUGCCCACAGUUCGCGACAGAUGUGGCUAAGGAGAUUGUGUUUUCCGGAACGAACAUAUAUCUGUUCGGAUAUCUUUGGACGAUGCUGUAGCUUCGGCGACCAAAAAUAAUUCACAUUGUUCAGCUUCCGUGAACUAUGUGUCCUCUAAUUAGAUCGAGCCGGAUCCGUUCCCGUCCUUUUUUUUUUCUGUUUUCUAAAGUCCGAUCCCUUUUUGAAAGUCAGUCUCACCCCCUGACCUUAUCGUCCUCUGCUUCAGCCAUGGCGUCCUCGCCAAUGAUUUUCCCCUUGGUUCCUCUCAGUAAGGCACUGGCUCCCGUCAACAAGGCUCCGGCUUCCUUCCAGAAUAGAAACCUCUGGACUACCAGAUUAAUGUUUCCCUCCCACCAUAUUCAAGCUAAACUAUCUGGUCCGGUUGCAGCGGGGAAGAGCUCCAGAGGGACCGAGGAUAAGGCCGAUCCACCGAGGCCGAGCUUACAGAGCUUGUCGACGCUCCCUGCGGUGGCUCCGUGGGAUGAUAGUGAGGGAGGCGUGUGGGUGAACAUGGCCCUCUACCUCUUCCUGCUCCAUAUCCCCCUCAGCGUCGGGGGGCUCUCCAUUGCUGCUUCCCUCCUGCGUCAGCCUCAAUUCGAUCCGCAGACCAAGGUGCUGUCUCUUCUCAUUGCAGUAUCAUUGGAGUUGGUUGCUGCUCUUGCCCUGCUAAGACAUACAGCAAAUCCGUGCUUCAAAUUUAUGAGCCUCUUCCAAGGGAAUGUUUUGAAAGAAAGGAACACUUUAAAACCAUCAGUUGUUGGUCUGGGACUUCUAAUAUCCUUUGCCAUAUUGACAUCCAUGAUUGCUGAUUACUUUGACAUGGGUUCCAAGUUCAUGCAACCUUUUAAACAUGCAGGAGAUAAGAAACCCAAUACUGAAGGAGAUUCUAUUGAGUGGCUCAAUAUCUCAGUUAGCAUGCAUAAUUCUCUAUUGCUUUAUUGCUCCUUUACUAGAAGAAAUGGUCUACAGGGGAUUCCUUUUGACAUCAAUUGCAUCAUCAAUGACAUGGCCGUCAGCAGUUGUGAUCAGUUCAUUGUUCUUCACCGUAGCACAUUUUUCCGUUGAUGGAUCUUUGCAGCUAUUCAUCAUUGGUUGCAUUCUUGGGGGUUCCUAUUGUUUGUCUGGCAACUUACUGGUCCCUUUGACCAUUCAUUCCUUAUACAAUGCCUCUGUUCUAUUAGAUACCACCUUCUCUUGAAGCAAAUUAAUGGUGCAGAAGAUUAAAUGAAGAAGCUAUAUAUCAUUAAAUA